AUGGAAUUGAACCUUGAUGAAUGGUCAGUGCUACCAAAUGGAAGCAACGAGAACAAGAGCCUGAACUGCGAAUUUUAUAUUAUUGGGCAUACAGUCUUCUCGUCCCUCGAGAAGGGAAGCGCAAUCCGGCCGGAGCAUAACGCGUGUCCGUUUCCUCAGGUGACCGGCUCCCUGCAACAAAUAACACAGACACAACAGUCUCUCACAACCGCCACCCAGCAGCACCAGGCGCCCGUCAGCAAGCAAUACAACAGCCCGCAAGCACUCUAUUCCCCCGAGAACGUGCAGGAGGUGCUUCGGCAACAGACCUCGCCCACGCACGUCCCCACCCUCAAGCCCGUAAACAAGCCCCAGAAGAGCAUGGGCCUCCGCGGCAUGCCCCUGACCUACGACCCCGAGCAGAGCGCCACGUGGCAGAUCAUCCACGAGGAAGAGAACUGCCAACUCAUCACCGAGCACGGACCCACGGAGUCCAAAGUCUACUCGAUCUAACUGCCCUCUGCCUCCUCUCCUCCUCUUCUCUCCUCUCCUCGAAUCUCCUCCCCCUCCCCUCCCCUCUGUCUAUCUCUAUUACGUUCUAUUUCUCUCUCUCUUUCGUUCUCUUCCGUGUAUUCUUCUCUUCUUCCGUAGUUUCUCCUCCUGUUCUCAUAUCUGUUUUUCUUCUAGUUUGCCUUAUCUGUCUCUUCGCUCGAGGUUUGAGUCUCUCCUCUUCUUCCUUUCGUCUUCCCUCUUCUCCGUUCUCAGACCUCUUCCGUCCCCGGACAUUCUAUUCCCUGCGGCCCGCUGUAACCAUGAUAGCAUGCUGAUAAUAUAGAAUAUUUAUUGAAGCAAAGAAGGCUUUGUAUUCGGUAGCCUCUUUAUUUUCUUCCUUUUUUACUUAUUAUCAUCAUUAUUUUUGACCUAUGCGGAGGCUCUGCGUAGCUGCGCACGCACAAGUCCUCCCGGCCACCUGCUGGCCUUUCUUGCCCUUCAAGUAAUAUUAAGUUAGACAUUAAAGUCCCAGUCAUAUGCGUCAAGUUUGUAUAACUUUGAGGAAUUACUAAGUUUACUUGUUCUGUCAUCCUCCUUAAUAUCUCUUCUCUUGAAGGUGUAACGUCUCUUUAUUAUUUUCUCUAUUCCUAUUUCUCUCUCUCAGUUUUAUUUCUGUAAUUUAUGAUUUAUUCUUUUAUUUUGGUUCUAGUCCUGGCUAUGGUGAGCAUAUCCCGCUGCAUGCGAACC